UUGGUUUGGUGUGUCUGGGCCGUUAGUUAGUGAAGACCAAGCCGACUGUCGGCAGUUAGUCAGUGCUGGGCUCUUGUUGAAAGUCUGUCAGUCAGUGCAGUGUGUCAGUGAGUAAAGGAGGAGCUUAAUUCCAGAGGGAGUGAGACCAAAACCAACUUGUUCCUUAAGUGUUUGUGGUGUGUCCAGGUGCAGCUUUGUGGCCGAGACGCAGCGACUUGAGGUGACGCAGCAGUCGGCUUUCAUCGCAGCUAAUUCUCUGAAGUCAGUUUGAUGAACUUGGCUCUGGUCCACGACAGACAGCACAUCAAGACGUUCUGGGAGAAGAAGAUCAACAAUGAAUGUGAAUACGCUGAGAACGAAGAGAAGAGGAAGAACCAGAGUGCACUCGCAAAGCUGAGGGAGGAGUGGACCGUGCGUCUGGACAACAGAACCAAACACCUGAAGAACGUCAACGACAACUACCUGAAGAAGGCCAAGGUGGAGCAGACAGCUGAGCAGACAGCUGAGCAGACAGCUGAUCAGACAUGAGUCUGAACACACAGGGAUGAAGAUGAUGAUGAAGAUGAUGAUGAUGAAGAUGAUGGUGAUGAUGAUGAAGAUAAACUGUGACACUGUGAUGUUUAAAACAAUAAAGUGAUUUUUUGACUGAUGGUUAUUUUUAGUUCUGAACUCUGACGUCAGCAGGUUCGUCAUGUGAUCACACAGCUGACACAGGGUUUAUAGUUCUGCAUUAAAUCCACCCGUGUUUUAGAGCCCACCCU